GCUCACUUAAACCACAAAAAAGUCAAAAGCUUAUCAUUAACACUUAAAAAAGCAGUUAGUCAAUCGUCAAAGUGAUGUUCACUCCGAUCUAAGUUGGCAUGAUAUCAGGACAGCAGUGAGAAUAGCAGUGAUAUAUAUCAGUAACUACAACCGAAAGGUUAGGAAGUCAGUCGGUUUCAACAGCGUUUACUGGAGUGGUCGGUGCUUGGAAACUCCUCCCUUUAGGCUUCGAACACGAUAAGGAGUAAAGGCAAUUUAAACUUAGACUAAUAAAAGAUAUACGCAAUGAUCAUCAGUAGUGAUAGAUAGCUAAGACAAAGGCGGUAAAGAAAGUCAGCCGUGAUAACGUUUCAGAAUUAUCAGAUAAAGGGGUAAUAGAAAUUCGGGAUUCAUUAAGAUUAUUUUUGGAAAAGAUGAUACUAGGAUCCGUUCUCAGCUCAGGAUACUGAAACCAUAGGAAAAACAAUUUCGAGAACAAUUUAACUGCUCAUCAACUACUCUUCAGUUGCCUACCUUUACUAAACAACCUGAAUGAAAUGUUUACAUAAGCUCUUUAUAUCUUUAUGAAGUAGAAAAACCAUGACUAAAUCUAAAGCCAAGUGGAGCAGAAGGCUCUUAUAGAUUAACUCCCGAGAUUUUUAAGGACUGGGGUUUAGUUUUAGCUGUUAGAUUGAGAUAUCAGCUAGAGUCUGAGAACUAGAUCUAAUCUUAUUUGACUGCUUUACACCACUAAUCGUUUCAGUCUACAACGAAAGACAAAAAUCCUCUUGUGACAACCAUUGAAGAAUCAGUUUAGUUAGUAACUUCAAUAAUUGCUCUAUGGUUAACUAAACCUUGGGAAAAGCAGUCUGGUUUCAAAGUUAGACGUAGAUGUGUAGAUCAAAUAAUUCACCUUGCAUUAGGUUUUAGAGCACAAACAUUAUUCAGACUCCCAACCACGGUUGCAUUCCUCGACCUUAAAGCAACACUGGACUUCAUAGAUCGAUAAGUUUUACUCCAUUAUCUGUCAUUUAAGAACGCAUCAAAGUAAUAUGUUAGCUCUGUGCAGGCUUUCCAUUCGAACGCCACCUGUCGAGUCAGAUAUUGUAGCAAACUGCCAUUACAACUGAUGACUCCAAGUGGUGUUCAUCAGAGUUGUUAAUGUUCUCCGUUUUUGUUUAAGUUUGUCGUAGAUAUUCUCUUAGGAAUGCAGCUUUCAUCAUCUAACUUUUUGGAGAUUGAUACCCUACAAAGAGAUCCACUUAUUAACUUGAGAUAUGCAAAUCAUACAGUUCAGUUUGGGUAAAUACCGAAGGCAAUAGUCUUUUAAUCACCCUCAGCAACAAUCCAAACUUGUCUAAGAUGGGUUCUUUCUUUAAACGCAGGACGUUGCUUCAGGAAUGGUCUGCUUUAAUGCUUGAGUUAAUGAUCAGGAUUGGAGUAGUUGGCCUUGUCGAUCACUUCUCUUAUCCUGGAAUUUUCAUCAGCCCUAGUGAGUUGGUGUCCGUCGAAAUCUCGUAAAGAAUGCAGAAAAUUCGGUUGGUUUCUAUCAACUUGGAUCGCUUGUGCCUUGGGCGAAGUAUCCACCUCUCAGUCAGGAUGAAUUAACUGUUCAGCAGUUCAAUCUCCCUUUAAAAACCUAGGAUAUUUGUAGGUUAUUAAUAUUCGAUCAUAAAUAUCUUCGAACUAUUGCUCGUGUAUUUUAAAACCAUCAAGUUAGCGAUUCUGAGGUUAGGCCCAGAUUACUAGGCAUGUAUGGUAAAUCGACUGAUGGGACAGUGAAUGUUUAUGUACUGAAGUACUGUACGUAUCCUCAUCCACCGACUGCCUCAACAGUGCAAUGACAAUUGUGUAGGAGUAGUCUGGAAAAAAGCCAGAUCAAGACAUAGCAUCAGUCCAUAAAAUCACUGACUGUUGGACUAAGCCAUGUGGAUAGGUGAGGACUACCUGGUUAGGGUCUACGUGACUAUUGAAAUCAGUGGUUGGAGAUUUGGGAUGAGAUGGCUUAGAAUCACUCAUAACAGUGCUUGUGUAUUUACUCUUCAUUUUCCCUUAGACCAUAAGUUUCUCAAUUCCUUAUGAUUUUCUUUUUCGCUUAUUUGUAUUUUCUCGAAUUGGCUCUUUAAUAUCUGAUCUUUUCUUUUUCCACCAAUAAUGUUAUUAUCUCUUCUACUCUAGAAUUUCAUAUCGCUGUGCUGAUGAGGCGUGACAACUUUAACUGAUAUACACACAUCCCAGGUUCUAUGUUGCGCAUGAUUAAUGUACAGACUUAAAUAGGUAACUGCCGGGAAUUAGUCGUAGUGACAUCUGUGAGUUUAUUAUUAAAACCAUUUUUAAUGUGUGUGCUAUUUCAUCUCUUUGUUUCUCACCACAUACUUUACGUUUAGUUACUUUUGUUGUCAUUUGUAUAAAUUUUAUUCCGGUUUCCUGGUUUUUCAUUUUAUUUUCAUUCCAACACACUGAUGUAGUUACACAACUUGGGUCGAUGCGUAUUUGUCCCAUAGUUUAUAUGGCUAGUGGACUGUGUAAUUACUUCGUUCGAUUAAUUUGCUUCGUUUUUGUUUAUAUGAUCAUUUUAGAACUUAAAUGCAAUCAAAUCUUGCAUUCUCUGAAGAAACCAAAAUUGUUUUAUCUUCGAUCAAUGCACCAUCAUCGUUAGUUAUUGAAGAAGAUCAAUCAGUAGAGAAUUGCAAUGAUGCAUUUGAGCUUCUUUUACCUGCUGUUUUAAAUAAAGAAAAUUUGAAUGUUUUGGAAGCUCAUCUGGGACUAGGUGGUGGAGGCGACUGGUGGAUAGACCCAUCACGUAGUCCAAUUGAAGUAGACUCAAAUGGAAACAGAGAUGAAGGUGCUAUUUUAGAUAUUGAAGCCAGUUGCAAAAUUUGGUAUCGUACGCCAUUUGAUCGAGAUCCAGAAUUCUGUAAUAAUUCCUAUCAUCUUUUGAACCGAUUAAAUGAGUUGGCGAAAAUCAAAGGGUUAAUCGAAGAGGCCUCACUGAGGAAACAUUCGCCUAAUGAAGUAGGAUUAAAUGAUAGUGAUCGCCAAAUAUACCAUUCAACGCUGUCUGUGAAUGGUUCUAUGGAUUUUAAAAUUUUUCUGUCACAUCCAAAUCGCGAUAUACAGAACAUUGACCCUCAGUUAGAUCUCCGCCGCAGUUUAAACAGCUCAAUUGGAGAGUAUUCUAAUUUACAGGGUACAUAUGCUUUACGUAAACAAAAUAACAAUAAAAAGGUACCUUUACGUGAAGUCUUUGAUGCUAGAGCUCAAGAAGUUGAUAGUGCUAUGUAUUGCGAAAAACCCAAACCACCUUUCUCCCAAGCCGUGUAUUCAGGAUUACCUCAGUUACACAGAUCUCAACGACCUGUUUCUCCUCAUGCGACUCCGAAUAAUAAUGUUUCACCUAAUAUUAGUAACCGCAGAAUUUCGUCAAAGCCUAAUGACACUUUGCUUGUUCCAGGCGCUACUAGUAGCCCAUAUCAAAAGCCUUGUAGUCAAAAACAAUCCGUUCUUUCACGGACCUACUCGAAGGAGCAAAUGGAUUUACUGAAGGAGGUAAAUGACUACCCUCUCAAUGAGUCAGUUCCUAAGGUACCUUCCCUAUUUUUUAGAUCUCAUGCAUUAACCACUUCUCUGCCCAUAUCGGAUAAUGAAGGUGAUAUAGAUGUAACUAGAAGUUUAGAUAUCUCAUCUGGAGUUAACCAAAUAUCUCAGUCGCAUUCUGCAACUGAAUUAGUUACAAAAGGUCGCAAAAUUUCUGAGAAAUUUAACGCAUCUUACUCUAGUAUGCGAAGCUCAGAUGUAUUUGAAUUAGCUCGUCUCCAGGAAACUCACUUACGUGAACACAGUGGUAGUAGAAGUAAAUUAGAUUGUUCCAACACUUCACUUACUGAGUCGAGUUUUGGAGAUGAGAAACAUCGUAAACAUAAAGGUAGUGCCGCUGGUAGUUUUGGGCAAAAAUCAGGCAGUGGUUUAAGUUCUUGUGGGGUUAGCGCAACACACAGUCACGAAGAAAUUGCAAUCGUAGAUACAAAUGAUAGGCCAGAGCGUCAACAUACUAUUAUAGCGAAGGAAUGUUUUAACCCAUUAUCAAGUUCAGUUGAUUGUGAACUUAAAGUCAAUAUGAUUGCGGAGGUGCAUUCGAGUACAAAUUUGGAUCAAACAGAUGUUGUGACUUUACCCUCUAAACCAUUAAAUUCUACAUACGAUGCUCCAGACUUCAAGCGCGUAUAUGACUGUGAUUCAACAUCACAAACGAAUGAAUUAAAAAAUCUCAGACCCAUUAUAGACAGUAUAGAUAGUACUGUAAAUACCAUAAAUGAUUGUACCACACAAGAAAGCAACAGUGUAGCACAUAUAUCUCAUCCAAAUGUUGAAAUGAUGAAACCUAAGAAAAAUGAACAGCAGCCUGAUACUUAUGAGUUAAGCAGUUAUGUUACUGUGUUGGAAAACAAUUCAGAUUCUGCGUUACCUACGAAACAUGAUGAAGAUACAAAAUCGGGUAAAAAUAGUGUAUCUAAAAGUGAACCGGGUCUUGAACGAAGUAUACCCCGUUUGUCAGAUUCUGCAUCAAAUGUCAAAUACCUACAAAGUCCCCAGGCAACCCGAUCUGUUACCAAACCAGCAAACAACAACAAAACAAUACCAAGUAGACAAUCAGGUUUAAAAAUUCCUUCAAAAAUAUCGAUCCCUCUUCCUAAUGGAAGUAUUUCUCGUCUUCCAAUGUUAUCUCAAAAAAUGCCUUCAAUGAGCAUAAGUAGUCGUGUUGGUUCUCGUAAAUCUAGUAUAACUGGACCUGAACAAGGUUCUUCUGAUCGUCCAAUAAACAAAACUCAACCUUCACUCAGAAAUAACCCAUCCUCUAAUAGCAGCAUUCAUAGUAGUGGUAGUAGUGUUUCUUCUAACAAUAUCAAAACAAACCAGACAUCCAAUUCUACAAAGUCCCUUCCUAAAUCAUCAACUGUACAACUAAGACCAGUGCCUUCUAAAAUCAGUUUACCAUCUGGUACUUCGGGAAGUACUUCCACCAUUCGAAAGCCAGCAGUACCAUCGUUUGGUUCAUCUCGUGGGAAAUCGUCUGGUAGAUGAUGAAUCCAACUUUGACAAAUGUUACUAACUUUUGAUAAAAGUAUUAUACACUACUUUUAAGAUAACCCAUAUUGCUUCUUGUGUGCCAAAUCCCGGUACUCCUAUAUCUAUCUAUAUAUAUAUAUAAAAUCAAAUUUUUGCUUUUUCAUUGACAGAAUAAAAUGGAAUCUAGUUUAUGUAUACACAUAUGUGACAGGUAUACAAAGACCAACAUUCUAAAGAAUAGUUAUAUCAUGUUCCUUAAUCUUUUUAAUCAACUUGGUAUUAAUUUCAGUAAUUUAUAAUUUUCCUUAUAACAAUUAGUUAGCUUAAAAUGUUAUACAGUUUAGUUUAUUCAUUAUGCAAUGAUUUAGUGAGAAUUCCUUUCUCGAAAUGAACCUAUUUUUUUUCAUAUUAUCCAUUUGAUUUUAAACUGAAGCUAGAGAAGUAAUUAACUUGUUUUCCUAUUUUUGGUAUGUUUUUUUCAAACAAUAAAUAUCUUGUCUUAUUACAUAACAAUUAUAAGUUUUUAAUUAAAUGCAUCAAUUCAGGCUUGUAAAGAGUAGAUUUGGUCUUUCCUCUUUCAGGUUAUUUUUUUAAUUCUCUUUUUUCAUAUUUUAAAAACAUCUUAUCAUUUAUGUGCCUUUUUUGUACUAAUGGAUAUACUGUCUAUUUGAUAACUUUCGUUUUGCUAUUCUUCAUUCUUAAUUUGUAUAAUUAUAGAGCUCUUUUCUACCAUUUG